AGGCCGCCCCGGCGAAAUAUCCUAAGGGUGCUUCCGCGGGGUCGUUUAGGUUUCAUCCUGUGCUCCCCUCUUCAAAAGCCUCCAAAGCAGCCUUCGUGAUUUUUCUUCGAGAGGUGUUCUAAGGACCCUUUCGCCUUCCUGAGGAAAAGAUAGAGGCAGAAAGGAUAAUGGCUGAGUGUUUGAGAAGUUGUUCUCGGGACUCAGCGACCUUCGCUGAUGUAGCUGUGGACUUCACCCAGGAAGAAUGGACUUUACUGGACCCCAUUCAGAGAAAGCUAUACAGAGAUGUGAUGCUGGAGAACUACAAGAACCUGACCACAGCAGGGUAUCAAUCAUUGAAACCCACUCUGAUCUCUUGGUUGGAACAAGAAGAUGAUUUGAGGACAGCGGAAAGAAAAGGAGUCCUCCAAGCCUCCUGUUUCUUUCUACAAACUCUUACAUUUAUUAUUUUUUUAUGGGAAAUGCAACUUAAAACCAAAGGCUCAGCAAUUCACCAGGAUAAUCUUGGGGGAGAAACAUCUGUUGGGAUGGAAACAGUAACAUUGGCAAGAAUGCACAAUGGAUGGAAACUCUGUAACUGUGAGCAAUAUAGGAAAGACUUCAAUGAACCCUUGAGCCUUAGGACAGGCAGGAGAACUCAAAAUGGAGGCAACACUUACGAGCAUAAUGAGUAUGGAAAAAGCUUCCUUACUCUGCAGAAGAAAACCUCUACGGUUGUGAAGCAUUUUGUGUUUAAUCACUGUGGAAAAGCCAUCAUCCUGACUCCAAAUAUUGUGGACAGGAAAACCUGCAUGGGAGAGAAAGCCUUCGAAUGCAGUGAUGGUGAGGAACCUUGUGUGAAUCAGCCUUCUCUUCAGGCACAAGUAGUAACUCAGAAUGGGGAAAAACACUGUGAACAGAAGGAACAUGGGAGAGCUUCUGUUCACUCCACAAGGCAUGGUAUACCUGUACGAAAUCACACCACAAAAAAAAGUUAUGAAUGUAAGGAGCGUGGAAAAGUCUACAAAUAUCAUAUAUCCAUUAAAAUUCACAUGGGAACCCACAAUGGAGAGAAACCCUAUAAAUGUAAGGAAUGUGGGAAAGCUUUCAUUAUAGCUUAUGAACUUAAGAGGCAUAUAAAAAAUCUCAUACUGGAGAAAAGCCCUUUAUAUGUAAGGAAUGUGGGAAAGCCUUCAUUAGAGCUGAUCACCUUAGGAGCCAUAUAAAAUCUCAUACUGGAGAGAGGCCCUUUAUAUAUAAGGAAAGUGGAAAAUCCUAUUUUUAUCCCUUAUUCUUUAAUGAUCACAUGCAAAAUCAUAGUGAAAUAAAAGUGCAUAAAUGUAGGGAGUGUGGGAAAGCCUUCCUUACUUCCUAUAGACUUAAAGAACAUAUAAAAUCUCAUAGUGAA